CCCCUCACCCAAUUCCCAGUUGCCCAGUUGCCCAUGGUCUCGUUAGGUUAUGUCCACCAUCAAAACGUUUUCGCAUUGUAAAAAUGUAACACCGGUUCGCCCCCAUAGCCCCGCAGAAGUGAAUAUCAGAAAUCAUCCCCAAGUGCAUAAGAACCCUCAGCAAAAUGCCAGCACCAACGGACGUGGCCACGGUCCGAAUGCGCGCAUACCUGAACCUGCCUCUCCCCGAGAGAUGCCGAGAACUGGCAGUUCUGAUCGACGAGUCCAGCACAACAGAACUCCAAAAUGUCUUUCCACUCCUCAUCGACUCGAUCUUCGGUGUGACUAACAACGUGGGCUGGGGACUGCACAGUAUAAACCUCCGAAGGCAUCCCCAGGAGUACGAGAUCCUGAGUAAUUUCCUGGGGCCCCAGGGCCCCAUAUUCUCCCUCUGCUACAAACUCCUCCCAGACUGCUACUUGAAAUACGAUUUCCCAGUGUCUUAUUUGCCACCGAAGAUCCAGGUGAUGCUGGAGGAGGGAAUAAUCCCCCCUUUCUACUCGGACAAGCUGAAGAAUGACCACAGCAGUAGAAUGCCCUCAGCCCUCUCCAUGAAUCCCUUCGAGUACUACAUCUUCCACUUCGCCUAUCACCUGACGAACCCGUGGCUCCAGCUCCAGCAGCAGGAGAACGUCUGGAUCAACUGGGAGACGGUUUACGUGCAGCUUGCGCACUCCUAUCUGUACCAUUUUCUGCCCAGGGACAACUCCCCGGUCCUGCCCAUCAUCGGGGCUUACGUCAAGAAGAUACCGUCGAGGAAGAUUGUCCAGUUGCCGGAGGCCAAGAGGGUCCAGACACCCAGGCUGCUCAGGUCCAUGGUGCUGUCCCCCAGUGCUCCAACGAGCCCGGGACAGGGCGGCGGACCUCAUCAGCAGUGCCUACCUCAGGUGUGGCGUAGCGAGACAGUCGUUCAAGUAUUCCUGGACUUCUGGCUGGAAUACACCGAGGAGGAGAAGAUUCCCUCCCAGCCCCUGAACUCCACCCUGGCCUCCUCCCUCCCGCGUCGCCACUCGAUCCACUCCGGCGAGCACAUCCGCCUGGUCCGGGCCUUUAUCAAGACCCUCCACGAGUUCGCGAACAGUGCGAGUGGCGACAGAUCCGCAAUGGACGAGCUCAAGCGCAUCAUCCUGCCCUCGGUUCAAGGAAAAAUCUACACAUUCCUUCGCAAGGCAAUUCACCACUGGCCCCUGGACAGCUCCUUCCGGCUGAUCCUGGAGGCCUGGCUGAGCUUCAUUCAGCCCUGGAGGUACGUCCCGGAGUUGUCCUACAGCCAGCAAGGGAAACCGCCAGAGGAGGACCGCGGGAAAAUCCACGAUCCUGAGCGCUGGAUGUCCUUUGUGGCGAAUAACCUCUUGGCCUACACGAGUAUCUUCCAACAGCUCCUCCCCAGGUUCAUGAGAACUGAUCUGGUCGCCCCGAAGAACGCUUUAAUGCUCUUCAGGGUCACCAAAGUCUUCUCCCAACCGUACCUCCCCCAGAUGCUGGCAGAGGCUGAAUGCUACAUGGACGACUGUAAUCUCACUCGAAACAAGAUCUCCACGAAGCAGUGGAGUGCAGUCGCCAGACAGCAGAUCCUCGAGCUCGAGGGGCCCUCCUACCAGUACGUCCCCAUGUUCUCGGAGAACACUGUCUCCCAGAUCAUCUGGUUCCUUAGCAUCAUCAAGCAGGCGCAUCUCACUGCUACGAGCAUCGUCGAGGCUCUCGAGAAGAGGAACACCGAGAAGAAGUUCCUGAGGUCAUUGUGGGAAUUCUUCAGUGGAGAGGAACACUCCACUGAUGACAUUGGACUUGCCGAGAGGAAGCGGGUGCCCGGGUUCCUGGCGAUUGCGCAACAACAGAUCAUUGAGAUCUUUCAGAUUAAAGUGGAGGACAUUCCACAGGCGGCUAUUGUCGCUGAUCAGGAGUACCAUGACAGUAUCCUUUCGGAUUCUUUCUGUCAGUCUCAGUGUGAGGGGGCUUGUGUGGACGACAGCAGACCCGGGGUGUUUGUCCCUAUUCAGGAUGAGAGACAACAUUGCAGGUAUAUUGAGUACAUGGGGGAUCCUGAACUGCAACCCGUGAGGAGCAAUGAGUGUGGGGUGCUCGUCAGGUGGCUCUACAGAAUCUGCGAGAUGAUUAAUUCAAAGUACGAACGUCAGAUAGAGAUGUUUUACAAUCGGGAAGACUUCGUGGGACGUCUGACGAAAAAAGUGCUUCAGCCCCCGACAUCAGUGAGACAACUACCUAAACGCGUGAAUGGGGGCUUCACAGUUGGUUCAGAAAAAAAAAUUCCACCGAGACUGUCUCUGCGAGUGCUAGCUAGCUAUAACUUUAUGACAGCUAUUUUAAUCUGUGUUAUUCUGUUACGUCUCAUCGGUUAUGGCGUACCAGCCUCAUUAUUUAUUGUGAGUUGUACCUGGAUUUUUUACAUUGUCAUUGGGGCUAUUUUUGAGCCAUUGAUCACUAGGGCCAGUCCAAAUAGAUUUACAGCCAGUGCCACUGCUUUCUCCGGGAAUUAAUGGAGGAGUUUAGUGAGAAAGCGAUGAAAUAUAUCGCGACAGAGGGAAAAAACUAUUGAAUUAUCUUGAGAACAAGGAAUUUUAGGGGAAAAUGUGGAGAAAUUUCCCUCCAGGGAAUUUUCUCAGUAACAAAAAUUGUCUCCUGAUUUUUUUCUUCAAGAAUCACUGUUUUUUGGGGGAAUAAGCAAAGGUGGGAUGUGAUAAGUCAAUUUUUAAUCAUUAAUGAUUAAUUAUUUCAAAAGUAACGAGAAUUUCUUUUCACUUAAUUUCAAUUAUUGACAAUUAUAAUUGAUGGUAAUCAAUUAACUCACGUCAUUGUUACUAAUUCAUUAAUGACAGACACGAUAUUUUUACAAAAAUGUACAUUUGACAAUAAAAUUAUGUAUGUGACAACUCCUGAA